AUGGCGUCAGCAACGUCCCAAUCACACCCUCUCUUACAGGCUUCCUCGGCUGCCUACGCCAUCUUGGCAAUUGGCCAUACAAUGAAAGGUCUCGAUCAGUUCAAACACCCCACGAUGAACACCCUCCCGGUCAUGCUCCGUGGUGCCAGUAAGAUUGGUUGGUACGAAGGCAGCGGUUUCUUCCUGAUGAUGAGCAUCCUCAAUUAUAAAUGGUCGGUUACUGGUAUCUACGAUGUAUACGACAAGAGCAUCGCAGGCAUCUUGACGGGUAUGCUAGCUGCUGCUGGUGCGGCUUACUGGAAGAGCAACGAUAAACCUACAGCCGUUACACUGGCUGUUGUUGCAGUUUUGCAGGGACUUGGUAUGAGGAAUGGUUCGUAUUCCCGUUUUGCGUAG